UCAGAUUUAAAAGGAAAUGGCUGAGAACACAGGAAAGAUAUCUUACUUUAUCAUCUCUAAUGAUGACAUUGCAAGCAAGGAUGAGGCACAACCCAACCAAGUAGAAGACAAGAUCGUUAACGGGACUACUAAAGAUAAGAUUAAGGCACUCAAGAUCUUGAUAAGAAUGAUCACUAAUGAUGAGAACUAUCCAAGAAUGAUCAUGUCUGUACUAAGAUUCGCCCAAGUGUCCGAAGACCAUCAGAUUAAGAAGCUGUGUUUGCUGUAUUGGGAAGCUGUUGAGAAAACAAAUCCUGAUGGUACCACUAAAGGAGAAAUAACCUUGGCAUGUAAUUUACUGAGACAAGAUUUACUAUCCUCUAAUGAGUUUAUUAGAGGAAGAACUCUCAGAUUGGUUUCAAAGAUCCCAGUUCAAGAUGUCUUAGAGGCUGUCAUCAGUGCGGUCAAUGAGAAUAUCUCCCACAGGCACUUCUAUGUCAGAAGGAAUGCUUUGAUGUGUCUAUAUUCCAUCUACCAACAUAUCGGAAUUGAGCUUCUAGAAAACUCAUCCAGCGAGAUCUAUCAACAGCUGUUGAAUGAGAAUGAUAUCUCCACCAAAAGAAAUGCAUUUAUUAUACUAUUUUGCAUUGAUCAAGAAGAAGCCAUUAACUACUUGAAAACAGUACUUUCAGGGGCAGACGAAGAUGUAUCAGAGCUAGGAGACAUUUUCCUUCUUUCUGUAAUUGAGGCUUUAAGAAAAAUGUGUAAGAGUGAUCCAACUCAAAAGCCAAGACUUAUGAAUGCUAUUUUCAUUAUCUCUCAGAGCACCUCUCCUUCUGUUCUCUAUGAGUGUGCUAACACCAUCACUCAGCUCACUUCCUCCUCAGCUGCCAUCAGAGUAGCCCUUCAGGCUUAUCUGACUCUAUUAUCUGAGCAAAAUGACAACAAUGUCAAAUUAAUCAUUUUGAACAAAAUUAUCGAACUAAAGGAGAAAUAUUCCAAACUCCUUGAAGACUGUAUUGUCGAGAUUCUAUCAGUUGUAAAGAACUCAUCCAGCCAUGAAAUAAGAAAAAGAGCACUUGACCUUGCCACCGACCUGAUCUCUCAAAGAAACAAGCUUGAUGUCAUUGGGUUCUUAGAAAAAGAAAUUAAAUUUGCUUCCAAGGAACUUGAUGAGAAAGAGAAGUCAACUCAUGAAUACAGGACUUUCAUUAUUAGAAAAGUCAAUGAUGUAACAGUGCAAUAUCCAGAUACUAUUCCAGCUAUCCUCCAAGCACUGCUGAGCAACUUUUUGUGCCUACCGCCACAUGACCAGAAUGAUAGUGCUCUCGAAAGCGCCAUUUUUGUUAGAGAAGUCAUGGAGAGUCACAGUACCUUCAGAAAAGAUGUUGGAGACUCCAUAAGACAAAACCUAUAUGAAAUUAGAUCCCCAAAGGCUCUCAGAGUUCUCCUCUGGUGUCUUGGAGAAUACUCUGAGUCUGAAGAUGAUAUUACAAAAUCUUUUGAUUCUAUUAUGGAAAAUAUAGGUUCUCUUCCUAUCAAGCAUAGCACCAAGAAGGUGUCAAAGAAGGAUAAAGAAGACAAAACACCUGAAGAGACUAAGAGAGCCGUCGUCAAGACAAUCACUCUUCCAGAUGGAUCAUACGGAACAGAAACAAUUUACGUAGAUGAGCACAAAAUUCAAGAUAAUAAUGAAGAUGAUGAGCCCAAGUAUCCUCUUCGUAAAUUCAUUGAGUCUGAAGAGUUCUUCCUAUGUGGUGUUCUCAGUUUAUGUAUUUGUAAGCUGAUUAUAAAAAUGAAGAAGAAGUUGAACAAAGCAUUCAAGAAGAUGAGUGUAGAAUCUUUGAUUUUCUUCUGCUCAUACCUCAAAAUUCAUCAAGAGAACAAAAAGCUUGACCCUGAUAAUAAGAAUAGAAUUGCUCUAUGCAUUAAACUUCUUUCAAAUCUAUCUAAAACUCCAACCACAGUUAUGGAGAAAAUCAUCAGUGGAGAGGGGAGAAAGAUCUUAUCAUCUAUCAUUGAAACCAAGGUUGAGCAACUGGAGAAAAGAAAGCGCAAUAAAUUAGCCCAGAAACAAAGCGAUAUCUCUAUCCAACCUGACGAAAUGAUUCAUUACAGGCAGCUUAGAGAUGAAGAAGCUGGCGAAGCAGAUUUCGAAUUUGAAAUCGGCGCUGCUGACCUCACUUCUGAAUCUGAGUUGGGCUUUCUCAACUCUAACAAGAAGAAAUCAGAUGGCGAGGUGAGAACUUAUCAGCUCACUGGUCUCUCAGAUGAUAUCUAUGUAGAGGGAAGAUUGGAGAUCCACCAAUACGACUUGAUCCUGAAUUUACUUUUGGUAAACAGAACUAAGAAUACUCUCCCAAGUGUGAAUGUCACACUCCUCACGCUUGGAAGUAUCAAGGUUGUUGAGAAGCCUAUCACCACAAAUCUAAAGGGAUACUCUUCAGAAACAGUGAAGGCUUCAUUAAAGGUAUUUAAUACUGAAAGCGGAGGAAUCCAUGGAUAUGUAACUUAUGAGUCUGUUAAUCCAGUAUCUAUACCUCUCGACGGGAUAGAAAUUGACUUCAUGGACAGUCUUCAGCCAGGAGAUUGCACAGAUGCUGAGUUCAAAAAGAUGUGGGCUGAAUACGAGUGGGAGAAUAGAAUCUCAGUCAAUACUACGUUGACGGAUAUUGAAGAGUAUAUUGAGAGUCUCCAGAAGAAACUGAACGCUAAUAGAUUAACUCCCCUCACAGGUAAAGAAUCUGGAUUCCUUGUGACCACCUUCUACACUAAGAGUAAGUUCAACGAAGAUGCUCUACUCAAUGUCAGCAUUGAGAAGACCAAAGAAGGUAAGAUCAGCGGUUUGAUAAGAAUCAGAGCAAAGACUGAAGGGAUGGCUGGCUGUAUUGGAACCAGAAUUAAGUAAACUUUACUACUCGACUUACAUU